AUGGGGCCAUUCGCUCUUUCCGUGCCUGGCUAUCGCCUGGGCGUGCACACUCGCAAGCGCAGAAGAACCGAGGACCAGGACGAGCAAGGCGCCGCACAAUCGCCAUCGCCCUCUCCCUUGCAUGACACCGCACCUUCGCACCUGCCCUCAGGCUCAAUCAACCCACUGAGUCACACACCCGACACCCUGCGCCAAUUCGCCGUCGCGGGGCUGUCGCCCGAAGACGAGCUGCCUUCAAAACUGCACCCAUCUUUCCCGCACAAACCACUGCCGCCAGACUAUGCCAAAGGCGGCUCCAAGAGGCGCAGAAGGAAGGUGAUGACGAUGUCGGGCACGAGCGCCGGCGAGAGUGAAGCCGAAACGGACACCACCACCGGUAGGAGCCGGGGGGAACCCACGGUGCAGCAGCACUCGGCGCGGCUGAAGCACCUCAACACCCUGACGGCCAUCAUGCACCGCUGCCUCAACGACGGCGACAUAGCCCGCGCGAAGCGGGCUUUCGGGCUCCUGGUGCAGACCAAGGAGAUCGACAUCCGACUGAACAGCCUCUGGGCCGUCGGAUCCGAGAUUCUGAUGCGCGACGGCGAGACGAAGCAUAGCAGACAACAACAACAACAACAACAACAACAACAACAACAACAACAACAACAACAACAACAACAACAACAACAACAACAACAGGCCGCGAACAGCGGGGGCGAACAGUCCGACAUGACGACGGCAGACCAAACAGAAAGUCUGCCUCCUCCGCGCUGGGGCUCCGCCGGCAACAUGGAGAAGGUCAGAAACUACUUCGAGAGCCUGAUCCAGCAGCAUCCGCACGACCCGUACCGCCCAAAUCUGACGAGCGCGUACGACUUCUGGCCCGCGCUCUUCGGCAUCGAGGUGUACAACCUCGACGCCGAGUUCAAGCGGGCUUUGCAUCGGCUCGACGUCGAGGAGGAGGAACAGCAGGAGGAGGAGGACUACGAGCCCGAGGGGGAGAUGGCGAUGGCGUACUCAGACAACGAUUUCGAGGCGCGGAGGCGCGGCAGGGAAGACGCGCGGCAGCGGCAGCGAUGGGCGGCCCGGGACGAGCUGCGGAGAGAGACGCAGACGGCCGCGGGGCACAUCGCCACGCGCAUGAACCAGACCAUGGAGAACGCGCCGUACUCGAAGCACCGCGAGCUGUUGCGCCUCAGGGGCAACGUGGCCCUGUUCGUCGGGGACUUGUAUCUACCCGCCCGACUCGUCGAGAGGAGCGAUGUCAUCGUGGAGCGCAUGGAGGGGCUUUCCCUCAAGGACGGAGACUUGCACGCCCAUGUCGACGGGGCGGAGGAGCGUCUCGCGCUGGGGAAGCGGAAAGAGGAGCAGGAGAAGGCGAGGUGGUUCUUUCAGAGGAUAUUGGAUAACGGCGGGGAAGUCGAUGCCUGGAUCCAGCGGUUCAUGGACGCGGAGGACGAUGAGCAUGAUGUUAGUCUUGAGGGAGAUGUGUCCCCGGCUUUUUAG